AAGGCUACCUGUUCCAGCAGAUAGAUGAGCUGAUCCCUCGCCAGUCUCUUGAGCAAUGAGAAGUCUGGUGUGUAACUUUGCCGCUGCAGACUCUUUGCCAUUAAAUUACUUCAGUAUGAAUUCAGAAGCUGUACUUUUACUAGAAACAGUCAACUUUGCUGCUGGCAAACAUCGUAAUCAACGCCGCAUGGAUCCAGAAGAGACACCUUAUAUAAAUCAUCCAAUCGGAGUGGCAAGAAUCUUGAGCCAUGAAGGAGGAAUUACAGAUAUUGUCGUUUUGCAGGCAGCAUUGUUACAUGACACAGUGGAGGACACAGACACUACUAUCGAUGAGUUGGAGUCCGUUUUUGGACCAACUGUUGCCAGGAUUGUCGAGGAGGUAACAGACGACAAGUCUCUGCCGAAGCAAGAGCGAAAACGUCUGCAGGUGGAGCACGCACCCCACUGCAGCCAACAGGCUAAACUUGUCAAACUGGCCGAUAAGCUUUACAACCUUAGGGACCUCAACCGGUGUACGCCCAAAGGUUGGUCGGCGAGGGUGCAGCAGUACUUUGAGUGGGCAGCGCAGGUAGUUAAAGGGCUCCGCGGCACCAACUCUGCUCUGGAGGAUUUACUAUAUCAGCUCUUUAGGGAAAGAUCUGUUCAGAUUUAACUUAUAGGCAACCUAUUUGUGGUUUUCUUGGUCAAUUUUUUUCUUGUUAUAGCCUACUUUUACCAAUAAAAAUGGAUAUUGGUUGCAAUGGUUAGCCUUUGUACUUUGUCUGUUGGUGUUUGGUAUGUUUUAAAGGACAGUUCUGCACGGCAUGUGAUUAUUAAAACAGUCUUUUUGGUUAUUGUCUCUGAGCUCGAUUAUGUUCAUUUAUGAAUGCUAAGAACUAACAGCGGCAUUCUAUCACAAAGACUAUGAACAGAUCAUUCUUUACGUAAGUCUUUGUCAUUUUUUUGUUUUUGUAUACAUUUAUGUUAUGUUUUUGACUAUUACAGAGAUUUAUUUUUGUACAAGAAAUACGUUAAAUGUAAUAAAGGAAAUAAAGUUAAAUUCUUCAAAACG